GAAGACUAUGAAAAUGAAUUGAGCUAUUUCACACAUUACGAUCAAGAAAUGGAAGAGGCAGUCCAAGAGGCCGACAAUGACGACUAUGGCUAUAACUAUGGCUAUAACUAUGGCUACGACGAUAACCACCUUAUGGACGACAGUUUGCUGAAAUUGAUCGUGGAUGUUCAAUCGUACCUUGUAGACGCCUCAAAAGAUUCUCCUUUAUUGGCUCUUCAAUACAAGAUGUACACCUAUCUCAAGCAACGUGCCUUGGAAGUG